AUGCCUGAAACAAGGCAAAUCGAUACUCCGUCGCAGGCGGACGCGCGCCGCUGCUUCUUAAUAUUCCCUGCCAAAUCCACUGAGCACGUGACUCAACUUGUUGCCGUGCUAAAAGGAGAGGAAUAUAUUAACCGUCAAAGGGCGGACGGAUGUCGGACGCCGCAAGUGGUAUUUCCAUCAGGUUUUGAACGUAUUCAUGGGUCGAGUACGGAUUACUCCUGGAAUUCCCAGUUAUUACCGCAGGGGGACGCGGACUCGGGGUUGUUGCCCGGAAUCGAUCGUCGCGUCACAGCCGCCGAUGUUACCGGUGCACGAGGUUACGACAUAGUCAUAGACUGCAGUGACAGUAUU